AGACCUAGGAUGCCACACCUUCAAAGGGAACCUAUCUUCUUGAGGAAGCACUGCUCUGAGAGUUGGGCUGUGGUAUAAAAGGCAUGCCAGGGAGGGCAUUUUUUUGUUUGAUAGGAAAAUUUAAAAUGCUAAAGGAAAAGGUUCCUUAUUAAUUUCACAAAAAAAAAAACAACUCAGUUUUAAGGGAGAGUAUCAUUCUAACUUGGAACUGAACUAUUAUGACUAGAUCUAUAAUUUGAUAGCAAGUCACAAUAUUUCUCUUUCUUGACAUCAAUUUAAGAGUGACUGUUCACAUAGUAGAGAGAAUGGCUUCGGUUUUACCUGCCUCCAAAAGAUCUGUGAGAUCUGACAGGAAUACAUAUGUUGGAAAAAGGUUUGUUCAUGUUAAAAAUCCUUACUUGGAUUCAAUGGAUGAAGACAUUCUCUAUCACUUGGAUUUGGGGACAAAAACACACAACCUACCAGCAAUGUUUGGAGAUGUAAAGUUUGUCUGCGUUGGUGGGAGCCCAAACAGAAUGAAAGCAUUUGCACUGUUUGUGCAGAAGGAGCUCAGGUUGGAGGAAGCUGAAGAAGACAUAAAAGACAUCUGUGCUGGGACAGACAGAUAUUGUAUGUACAAAACCGGACCUGUGCUUGCCAUCAGUCAUGGCAUGGGCAUCCCCUCUAUUUCUAUUAUGCUUCAUGAACUCAUCAAAUUACUCCACCAUGCACGGUGCUGCGAUGUCACCAUUAUUAGAAUUGGUACAUCAGGGGGAAUAGGGAUUGCACCAGGGACUGUUGUAAUAACGGAUAUAGCUGUAGACUCCUUCUUUAAGCCCCGGUUUGAACAGGUCAUUUUGGACAACAUCGUCACCCGAAAUACUGAACUUGACAAGGAACUGUCUGAAGAACUGUUCAACUGUAGCAAAGAAAUCCCCAACUUCCCAACCCUCAUUGGACAUACAAUGUGUACCUAUGAUUUUUAUGAAGGCCAAGGCCGACUAGAUGGAGCACUUUGCUCCUUUUCCAGAGAAAAAAAGUUAGAUUACUUGAAGAGAGCAUAUGAAGCUGGCGUCAGGAAUAUUGAAAUGGAAUCUACAGUGUUUGCAGCUAUAUGUGGACUCUGUGGUCUAAAAGCUGCUGUGGUCUGUGUGACACUUCUUGACAGACUUGACUAUGAUCAGAUCAACUUGCCUCAUGAUGUCCUGGUAGAGUACCAGCAACGGCCUCAGCUCCUAAUCUCUAAUUUCAUCAGACGGCGGCUUGGACUUUGUGACUAGACGUCCUAAUGGGGCACCCCAAACCUCCCCUGCAAAUUUGUAGCUCAGGUUGUAAUGUGAAAGUCAUGUAUUAUUUGUGGCAUUUUUAUAUAGUUCUCAUCCACAUGCUAAACUCAUAAUGGAGAGACUUUAUGAAAUCCUUCUCUCUUAAAAAAGGAAUUUAUUGUAGAAGAAUUUAAUACUCACGUUAAAUUAAAUUCAAAUUUCAUUUCAGAAAAGUUAACUAAAUCAGUUUAAUAAUUAAAAUUUAAAAACUCCUGGAUUAUGCCAUUUGGACUUUCAUAUGCAGCAUUAAUUAAGUUUCUAUCAAUAUAGAUCAGCCAUUUGCAGAUACAGUUUCCAGUCACUCUGUUUCUGAAACCAAUCCAGAAAUUCACGUUAGAACAUUGUCAGGCACUUCUAUGUACUGGACGAGUGACAGAAACUGAUCAUCCACAUUCAAAGUAUUUACAAAAAAAGUGUCAAUGUCAUAUAGGUCUAUGUGGAAAAGUUACCAUAAGGAAAAUAUGGCCACACUUCUUUUUUACCCCUGCACAAUUUCAGUGCACCACAGAAUAAGAUUCGAGAUUUACAUACGCCUGUCUGUGAUUUUAUUUUGGAAUUUAACAUCUCUGGAGUCCAUUUUCCUUUCAACUGAAAACCAUCAGUAAUGCAAAGAAAGGCCUUCUUUUUUCUUCAGAAUCACAAGUGACUAAAUUGCCUUCUAGCCAUUUUUUUUAUUUUAAAGAAAUGUGUCUUGAGGAGGCUGUAUCUUUUAAUUCCAUUUCAAUAUUAACCAAAUAGGCUGAGAAAUUCGUAGCAAUUGAAUUAAGACUUGAGUUCAAGAUGUUAAAGGAAUCCUUUUGUGUGACCUUGAUUGAGGCAGGUCUUGUCCAGAUGGGCCUAUUGCCCUACCUGUUUGAUCCUCUGGGAGGCGUGGUGCUCCCCUAGGCUGCACAGGCUCUCUGUGAACUGAUUCCAUCUUGGGUUCUUCUCAAUCUGACAUACUUGGGAGUUGAAAUGACGGGGUAGGGGCUGGGUGGAGGAUGACUUGCACACUUGUAUAGUAUGUAAUGUUGUGUACAUAUAUUUAUAUGGUUGUGGCUCAAAUAAAGUUUAAUUCCAACACAGUACAGAUUAUUUGGUUCCCAGAGACAUUGCCACAUGUUGACAGAAUGGAGGUUUGGGGGAGGAUUCCAUGAUGGAAGAAAACAGGUCCGAGGCUGGCUGAGUCUGAAUUGUCCUGCUUCUUUGUGGGGAAUGGUUUUUCUCUUUUAAGUGAUGACAAUAAACAAGAGUUGCUUAUCGUCACCAAUAAACAAUCCCUCAAGAA